AACAUGGCGGACGUCUGGGUUGGAGGUGAGAUUGGAGUUUUGAAAGGAGUUGAUCUCAAGAAAUCAUCAUUCACAAAUCAUAAUGUUGGGGAAACUGCCACUAGAAGCCAUGAAAUAUGUGCCAUGUCCUGGAACAAUGACAGUGAAAAUCAGAUCUUAUUAGGAUUAACAAAUGGUAUUGUCAAGACCUUUGAUGUUACGAAGAAGGAAUUUGUUGGCGAACAGAGUCAUUCUGUAGGAAAUGGAAAGUUGAAAGGACUGUUCAAGUGGAAUAGUGCUAUUGUUACUUGCAUGGAUUCCGGGUUGUUGCAGAUAUGGAAAGAUCAUGAAAAUUCUACAGAUGUUAAAGUUGGCAGCCAUGUGUCUGCUGUGCGGCAGAACCCAGUGUGUCCAUCUCAAGUAGGGACAGGUGGACAGAAAAAUGACUUGAAACUCUGGGACCUGAACAGGCCUGAGGAGCCAACUUUCAGAGCUAAGAAUGUGCCAAAUGACUUCCUGGACCUACAAGUUCCCAUCUGGGUGUGUGACCUUGGCUUUCUUCCCAGUCAAGGAUCACAGUCCAGGAUUGUUGUUGGUACAGGAUAUCAUAAGGUGCGACUCUAUGACACCAAGGCACAACGUCGUCCAGUUCUUAACUUUGACUUUGGAGAGUCUCCAAUCUCAGCAUUAGCUGUGACAGAUUAUGAAAAUGUUGUCAUUGUGGGUAAUACAGUAGGAACUAUGGGAAUUAUUGACCUGAGAAAGGGUCAACUUAAGGGUCAUUAUAAAGGUUUUGCAGGUGGGAUUCGCUGUAUUUCGUGUCUUGAUAAACAGCAGAUGGUGGUAUCUUGUGGACUGGAUAAGUUCCUUCGUGUUCAUCAUCUUCAUGAUAGAAAACUUCUUCAUAAGAUAUACUUAAAAUCUGUCCUUAACUGCUUACUUAUUUCAGCGAAGAAAAUAGAAAAACAGAAUACAAAACACGCAAAUCGCGGUGAUACUGCUGACCUUUCGAACAGAUCGUCUGAAAGAGGAGCACGAGGUGAAGACAGCGAAGAUGAAGAUGAUGACAUAUGGGACAAGAUGGAGGUUGUUACGACUGGCAGUAAACGGAAAGCAAUCGAAAAAAAAAAACGACAAGUACGAAGAAAAAGAAGGAGAAAAGAAAGGCGACUUCACUUGUUUCGUGAAAGGAGUUCUGCAAAACGAUGUUUGUUAUGUGAGCAAAGGAUGAAAUGCGGUGCAACCAGAGACGGUGAAGAAUGGAAUACCAUAUCAAGCCCAUGACUGUGAUGCGCUGAAAUAUAGAGAAAUAAAGUAGUGUAUACAGCUGCUAAGCGAAAUAUUGUUUGCGGAAGGUGAACGAGACAGUGCCGUUAUAAGUUUACAUUAUUGUGUACAUCUGAGAACUAAAAUAUCGUGAGAGGAGAAUUUAUGAAAAUUUGUACUGUUUCCCACUAGGAGUGUUAACCCUUUUUCCGUAUUUUUUUCUCGUCAAUUCCUAAAUAGUUAUCUUCAUAGUUAUGACUCGAGAUUUUUAUUAAAUUUUUCACGUAUGAAAAAGAUGAUUCUCAUCGCGUUAGCUCACGCUUCUGAAUAGCGAGGCUAUAGGGAGGUGAAAAUCAGCAGAAAGAGAUAGUUACUGUGAUCUAUGUAAACCUAACAGCAGCUCGAUAUUGUUUUACCCUUAAAAGAUAAUAGACUAGAAAUAAUUGGUGAGCGCGACCAUUAUUGCUUGACUGUGGUGAGGAAAGUGAGCGAGUGUUGAAACAAUGCAAACUAAAUUAUUACGACUGGA